GUUCUUUUGUGAAUAUAAUUGCAGCUAUUCAGCAACAUUGUUGUUAACGAUACGAGGAGAGAGAAAAGAAAACCAUUGGUAGGAGCCAUUUUUAAGAGAUGAAGGAGAAAACGAGAAGGGGAAAGCAUCAAAACAAAUAGGCAAUUAUAAUGAGUUAACGGAGAAUUUCGUGAUGCUCACGGUUUUUUUUUCUUCUCUUCCGAUCCAUGAUUCUCGGGAGAAACGGUUCUGAAAAUAAAAGCUCAUAACAGCUGCUGACCGAUGGUGUGAAACGGGAUAGGCUCUACUGCCCAGCACAAUAUACAGACCUAAUAAUAUCCCCUUGAUUGAAUUUUGAUACCAUAAAGUCGAGACCCCUACCGAUGUCUUUCCGUCCAUGAAACAGGAAUGAAAAGAGAUUAUAUCAAAACGAAAGAAAGAGAAAAUGAAGAAGCAAAGAGGGGCAGCACACAUAGACUAGAAAUACAAAAAGAGAAAAGGAAAGUUACGGCUCUAACCUAAAUACGACACCAUCCGGUGACCGUCCAGAUUAUGAUCGGUUCACUCUAUAGAUUAUAUGCAGGACACAAGGUUGUGAAGUUUUCAAUGUUUGUUUUUUUGACACAAAAAGCGGACGCGGGAUCAUAGUGGUACUUCCCAGCUGCUACUGAAGGUCAAGAAAUGAAGCCAACUCUUUCUUCUUUUAAUUUAUUUAAUCUCUUUCUUUCUUUCUCCUGGUAUGUUCAAUUUAUUCUAAAGUGAGAUAGAAAAAAAAGUAACUGAAAACUUCACUAGAAGGAAAAAAAACAGAUGUAGUAUAGAAUAGAAAGCUAGGUCGAUCCCGAAUCGCGAGCGGUAAAUGCGUUUGUUUCCCAUCAACCAAAGAGGUGGUUUGUCUUUGGCAUUAAUGAAGGCAGAAAGUUGGUGAAAGAAAGCUCUUUCUUCCUUGGACAACAGACCUCAUCACCGUACACCUUGUGUCGUACUAUUAUUUCGCCCGAGGGGAAAAUGAAACGAUCUAGAAGAUGAAAGUCUAGAAAUCGAUAUGAUAUAUGGGUUAGAUUUCUGUCUUCAUUCUGUCACAAGUAAUAUGUGCAAUGUGACUGAAAUUCUUAACCAAGUCAUUUCUCAUAUUGAUUUCUUGUAUUUUGCAAUUAUUCUGAUUUUGCCACCUUUGCGGAAGACCAAAUUGUCUUUCCCUUUUUUCAAUGAAGGUGUUUUUACGACAUAUAAUGCAAUCAAAUCUUUAAUCGACUGUGUUUAUAUUUCAUAAAAGAAUUAUAACAACUAUCAUUUUCAGGGAAUUUGAGGGAAAGUAAAAGCAAAGGGAAAUUGAGUUUCUUCCACCCAUUAGAUUUGGCUGGUAGCUUUAAUACUCGCCCGUCUGCUGUUAUAUUUCCCUGGAAGCUGUUUGCCUACUUUAUACAAAUGAUGAUUGGAAAUAUAUUUUAUUGCGUCUAUAAUUUACAUAUCGCGAUAGCACAAUUCGGAGUAAAGCCUCGAGUUUUGUUUAAAAAUCGAUUUAAAGUUGACCCAAAAAACACCUGCCCGUAUUCCUCCUUUACCUGCUUGCAUAUCUGAUGCAGCCUAUUGUUUUUGUUUUUCUUCCUUGCCUCAUCUGCUGCUGGUCGCAGACAACGAAUUUUCCCGAGUAUAGUGCGCCGGCGAUGUUCAGAAGGUGAAAGUUUCUUGCCCACCCAUUCGUUUUCCCUCUUGAAGGCAUGAAAAAGAAAACCAACGCAGCCGACCUCCUCUUCUCUCGUGUUGGAAGUGAAACCCUCCCUCCGAAAAACACACACCCAACAGCAGGGCCUUGAGUUAGAGAUUGUUGUUGAAAAUAAGGUGGUGUUCUUUUUUUCUGUUGUAUAUUCUUCUUUCUCCUCUUCAUUCGCCUUCUCUCUUUCUCGACUGCGGUACUUCUUUAUAAAGUGGGGGGUUUCCAUCUGAGUUUGAUCAGUCGAGCUCAGUAGCGACUACGGGAAGGAUCGAAUAGUUUGUCCGCUCUCGCCAACCCCAGACACUCUCCAAUUGUGUGUUUCGGAUGAUUCGGCGUGAAAGCCAAUAGUGACCUCCAACAUUGUUUUCGACCCAUCCCUCCCUAUUGAGUGCAUUAUAGUACGUUCGUCCACAGCCAAAUAGAAGAAUGAACAUCCUGCGGAUUUCUCCCUUGACGGCCGUGCUGGCUCUCAUUUGUGCCCUACUCAUCCUCUCUGACCUGGAUACGACUAGGGCCCAGUUGACGAGCCAGUCCGAAUCCGAGCUCUACAGUGGAACUGUCGUCUUUCCGGAGGAUGACGAUGAAAUUGUCGGCGAAUCAGCUCCUCCACUGGCCUUUCGUCCUCCGCCGAACAACCGUCGAGGGCCUCCAAAUGGACAGCAAAACAGUCGGUUUCCUCAUCCGGUCGACACCUUCCUGAAACCAUUCGAGCCUUUAUUCAACGGUGUUGUGCCAAAUUUCUUCAAUAAUCAAGAGCCCAAUUUCAACAUCCAUCAUCAUUAUAAUCAGCACGGAGGCAAUUUUCAUAAUCAGGGCCCACCUCCUCUUCUUCCGCCACAGCAGAUCCCUUCUCAUUUGAAUUUCCCCGGGCCACCCGUCAAAAGGCCCCCAAAGAAUUCAAUCAAGUUCCCAUCAGAUCUACCUCCUGGCAAUCAUUUCAAUCACGAACAACGUCCUCUUCAAUCUCAUAACAAACGUCCCAAGAAACCAACUGUUCAUCGACAGUUUAAAGAAUGCGGACUGACCUACACUCGUAUGAAUCGAAUCGUCGGUGGUCACGAUACAAGCUUCGGAAAAGUUCCAUGGCAGGCGUCGAUCGUCAAGACCAGUUAUCUCUCCAGGAGGGUCUCGUGUGGUGGUGCUCUCAUCAACAACCGCUGGGUGAUAACAGCUGCUCACUGCGUACACAGUACGGCCACGUCGGGGAUUCGAGUUCGACUGGGCGAAUGGAACAUGAAAGACACCAACGAGCCUCAACCUCAUGAGGACUACGAUAUCGAUCGCAAAGAGGUUCAUCCAAACUACAAUCCGGCUGACUUCCAGAACGAUAUCGCCUUAUUGAAACUUAAACGCGACGUAGUCUACAAGGAGCACAUCAUCCCAGUGUGUCUACCACCCGCAAACUCUAACUACGUCGGACAAACCGGAACCGUUACAGGAUGGGGUCGCACAACUCACGGUGGAGCGACAGUGCCGGACGUCUUGCAAGCAGUCGACGUCCGCGUUAUUGACAACGGUGAUUGCCAGAAAUGGUAUAAAGAUGCAGGCCGGCGGGAGACUAUCUAUAAUGUCUUUACCUGUGCUGGUUACAAGGAGGGCGGUCGUGACUCUUGCCAAGGUGAUUCCGGAGGACCAUUGACCAUUGAUAAGGAUGGUCGAUCUACCCUGAUUGGUCUGGUCUCGUGGGGCAUCGGGUGCGCUCGGGAGUCACUGCCGGGAGUAUAUACCAACAUUCCCCAUUUUGUUGACUGGAUCCAGCAAAACAUUCGCUAGUCAAUUUCAUCACCACAAGCACAAACUUCAUCGAAUAACAGUUCGCCCAAGACGAAAAAUAAUUCCAUCUAAUGUUUAAAAACAAAUAAUUCCAUUUAUUAUUAGUGUUGUCUUGAUUAUUUUAUUCUUGUUUAUUUUCAAUUAUUUACGCUCCCGACGAUAGUUAACGGACAGGAUUCCGUGACACACUGUAAAUAGUUCAAUCACCUGCGAAUUGAUUCAGCGCACCCUUUCCCCAAUGAAUCAUAGCCUCGAGAAUGUCCCGAUCCCUCCAGUGCCGCCUUUCAUCAUGCAGUGCAAUCGUGCCUUCUUUGUCUCCUAUUUUCUUUCCCCUUAUACCGAAAUCUCGUACAUCGUCGAAACAAAUCUUUUCUGUUGUGCAUCCAUAACAUUUUGUGCGUGUCUGUGUGUGUGCAUAAGAGGCAACUCAUUUUCCAAAAUAAUACCAUAUUUCUGAAUGCUGCUGUUAAGGCAAACGAAUAAAUGGGGAAAAAAAGACGUCUUGGCAAAUACACAUAUCAUCACGUCACCAA